AUGGUCAAGGGCGAAAAGGCAAAGGAAGCUCUCCUCAAGCUCGGCCUCCGCCGCGUCGAGGACAUCACCCGCGUCGUGAUCCGCAGGCCCAAGUCGGCCCUCCUCGCCAUCCAGGACCCCGAGGUCUACAAGUCGCCCGUCUCGGACUGCUACAUCGUCUUCGGCGAAGCCAAGCCCGAGGACGCCUCGUCCGGCUUCCCCAACUUUGCCCAGCUCGCCCAGGCAGAGCAGCUCGCGUCCCAGCAGGCCGCUGCUGCCGGUGAGGAUGGCGCCGAGGGCAAGAAGCCCGCUGCGGUUCAGGAAGAGGAAGGCGAGGCGGACGCAGAAGGUCUCGAGGAGGGUGACAUCAGCGUUGUCAUGCAGCAGGCCAACUGCUCUCGGGCAAAGGCCUGCAACGCCCUCAAGGCAACAAAGGGCGACCUCGUCCAGGCCAUCCUCGACGCUCAGGGUUAA